AUGUCAUCUCCCAUAAAAGUCGCUGCUAUCCAGGCCGAGCCAUGCUGGAACGACUUGAAAGGCAGUGUUGCCAAAACGACACGACUGAUUCAAGAGGCUGCGAGCAACGGUGCCAAGGUCGUUGGCUUUCCUGAGAUUUUCAUCCCAGGAUAUCCAUGGACAAUUUGGGCCAACUCGCCUGUUAGCAAUGCUGGUUUCAUGAACGAGUACUUUCACAAUUCCCUUGAAAAGGACUCUGAAGAAAUGGAGGAGAUCAAGACCGCCGUUCGUGAAGCCGGCGUCUUUGUUGUGCUCGGCUACAGCGAACGAUAUAACGGAUCCCUGUACAUUUCUCAGUCCUUCAUUGAUGAGACCGGCACUAUUGUUGGCCAUCGACGGAAAAUCAAGCCAACUCACGUUGAGAGGGCAUACUGGGGCGACGGUCAAGCAGACUCAAUUAAAGCUGUCGUGCCUUCAUCCUUUGGUAACAUUGGCGCUCUGAAUUGUUGGGAGCAUACUCAGCCUCUACUACGCUACUACCAGUACUCUCAAAACCUCGAUAUUCAGGUGUCUAGCUGGCCAUUAUGCUGGGAUCCUCUGGAGGGUCAGCCGUGGCCAUAUCACUUGACCCCUCCGGCCUGCAACGGGUUUUCCCGGGUGAUGGCGAUGGAAGGAGCUUGUUUCGUCUUGGUCUGCUCUCAGGUCCUAACCGAAGCCAGUAAGGCUAACACGAGGUUGGAAAACUUUGACUAUGCUCGAUGUCCUGGUGGUGGUUUUAGCAUGAUUUAUGGACCUGACGGCUCUGAGUUGUGCAAGCCUCUGCAGCCAGGAGAAGAGGGCAUUCUCUACGCCGACGUUGAUCUGAAGAUGCGAGCCAUGAUGCAGCAGAAUCUCGACUUGGUGGGACAUUACUCGCGGCCUGACUUGCUGAGACUUUGGGUGCAGACCGAAGCUGCUGUUCCGGUUGAGGCCAAAAAAUCGUCAGAGUGA